GUGUUAUGAUUGAACAGUAUGUUUUAAGCGUUUAGGUGUAAUAAAUUUGCCAUGUCAGAGCCGGAGAGUGAAGCUGUGAGUCCUGAAGCCAGUUUCGCCGCGGAGCAAAGGGUGUUACAAGAAGUCAUUCAGACCGAGACUGAAGUUCAUGAAGACGAUGAAAAUGCUGAAUCUACGCACGAGAUCAAAGUGGACGGCUGUACCGCCACUGACAUGCUUUUACAAGAAGAACAUAUUGCGGAUUCAACUGAAGACCAGAGAGACCAAGACAGUAUAAACCAACAAGGAAGUGAAUCCAACCAGACACUUUCAUCCAGUGAUGUGGGAAGCUCAACAGCAACUGUUAAGAUCUUGCUGAUGCCAGAGAGGCACAUGAUAACGGUGGCCUUCACUAUUGGCCUCACGAUCCUGGAUCUGAAAAAAUACUUCAGCUUAGAGCUGAGGGUCCCAUCAGACAUUAUACAAAUCACUCUAGACGGAAAACGUGUGGAUGAUGACCAGACGCUAAUGGACAUUGGUGUGCAGCCACAUGGGAUGAUCCAGUUUGAGAUGAGCUCGCUAGACCCCGAGAAUUUCCUCAUGAGACCAAUCAAACCACAGCAGGAGUACAACAUGCCGGAUGUCAUCACUGUCAGAGUGCAAACAGACACAGACUUGUAUCAGGACUUGGUGGUGGAGAUCGAGAGAGCCACUCGAGGGAAGGCGUUUCUGGGAGGAUACUGUCACAAGGUGACCAAGGCAGAGUAUCAUCAUGCUGCUGUACUGACGAUGCCCAAGAAGAAGCCUGACAGGGGCGUUGAGAUGUUCAGCAGGGAUACACAGACGGUUGAGUUGAAGAACCAGGCUCAGCAGUGCUCCAAGAACGCCUCGACUCAGAUGACCAAAAUCGGCUGUUAUGUGUCCAACAUGGAGGACAAGCUCAUCACCCCAGAGACUUACAUCACUGCAGGAGAGUAUCACAGCAAGAUACUGAGAGCUGUCAUUACACUACAGUCAUAUGUCAGGUGUUGGCUAGCCAAGUGUUUCACAGACAACUUGAGACAGGCUAAAGAGCAGCAUCUAGCAUGGCUGGAAAAUAAAAAGAGAAGGACGAAAGAGGAGAAAGAGCAGCAGAUCAGAGAUGAAUAUCACCGCAGGAUGAAUCCGGAGUCAAAGGCAGAUUUUGAUCUGCUUUAUAAUGCCAUGAAAAAAUGGAGGAUAGAGGAAGUGGAACGCAUCAAUGUCACCUUAUCUGGUGCAGAGAGAAAGGCAGCGCUGUGUGCUCUACUGGAGCAAGAGACCCAGUUCAUCUCCUCCAUUGAACGGCACAGAAUGGCUGCAGGCACGAGGAACCAGGACAAGGCCAUACAAGCCUUUCUCAACAAGUGUGCAGAGCCAAAGAAAUGGCGUGCAUUUGACGGGAAGGUGACGCAGAUGGACACACAGUGUACUAUCAGAUCCAAGGAGCUGCGAGACCUAUACAGUAGCAUUACCCAGACUCAGUUCACAAAAGACGAACGUCUGGAUGUGCUUCUCACUCUCAAACACACCGUAAAGGAACAUAAUUGCAAGCUAACACAGGACAUAGUGGACUUGAUUGACAGGGAGGUGGACCUGCUGAUGAGGGGCAUUAAAAAAAAGAGCAACCUGGAGGGGUUGAGGAAGAGGAUUGCCACCCUCUUCUUCCAGUACAUCAAAACUGCUGCAUUCAACCCCCAAGUGUCCAAAUUUCUGCGGGUGCCUCGGGAUCCUGCCGACCUGAAAAAGAACAUUUAUUUGUGUCGUGGCUGUAAUGAGUAUCAGUCGUCCACUGACUUUGCUGUGAACACUAAUGCGUCUGCGGUUGGCCUCUGUCGCCGCUGCAUGGAUUUAGACAAUGAGGCCCGUCGCAGAGAAGACUUCUCUCUUUACAAGAACAUUCUUAGAUGCCUGCGUGAAUCUGAGGCCGAGUGCGGCCCAGAAGCCAAAAUCACUUACCUGCUGCAGGAGCAGGACCUGCGGUACCUGGUGGAUGUGCUGUGGGGGGCUCAGUCUGCUUUGAGUGGCUGGAAAGACCUUCAUGAUUUACUGCUGGUGCGCUGGGAGAAGCAUUUGGACUGGAGCCCAUGGAACUGCAUCCUCCUUAUGAAGGACGAGGCGGCUGCCCAUCUCAAACUGGAGGACAUUGAGAAGGCAUACGAUGUGGUAGUUAUCCGUAACGUCAAGCAGAAACACGCAUUGGCCAGGAAGUACUUCUCCCAGAUUCCUGCGAUGGCUAAAUGUCUCCACGACACUGAAAUACAGCCUGCUGCCCUCUGCAACCUACUGGUCUCCAAGUCCAUCACCAAGGCGACCAAGUAGAAUCGCUAAGACGCUACCCACAAUCCUGCGGGGCGCUCAGGGACUAAUGUAGCUUCGCUAUUUGUGGACUUCAGACAGUAAAGUAUAUAGAUCUAAAAUCUUCUUCGAGAUCAUUUAUAGAAUUUGAGUAUCUUAUAUGUCGAUUAAAACCGGGAGUAGCGGGGCCGUAUUUUUUGUCUCUAC